UUUUUCCGGCGGCGAGAAAGGCGCACUUCUUCUGGGGAGGCGAAAGGACUUUCAGUUUGUAAGUGAAUGAGAAGGCGAGGUCGAGUCCGUUGUUCCCGUGUCUGUUCGCUGCAUCUGUCUCCCAGGUUUCUCGAGCAGUGCCAUCCCUGGCAACUCUGAGCUCUGUGUCUUUCGGAUUCCAGGCGUGCAUUGUUGUCUAUGAACUUUCGUCUUUUCUUCUGUUUCCUCCCCUCUUCCUUUUCGUGGUAAAUUAAGGCAACCUCUUCAGAGACACAAUCACGAGGACCUCUCUGCUGCUUGGACCCCAGUUCUUCGUUGAGACUUGUCGACCUCCGGCUCUCUAUUCCAGCACACGUCGUACUCUGUCUGUUUUUCCCCAGAGCUAUCCACCGUGCGACUAUCUCUAAAGAGAGAGGUAGGCCCGCAUGCAGGGCCAUUUCUUGCGGCUCCAUGUUUUUGUGUCGGUGUACAAGGCGGUCCACGUCGCUCGGUCUGUAGCAUCGGUUCCUCUGCAGAGCGAAAGCGAGUGUCGAGACACGGGAAACAAGGCGUGAGAACGGCGAGAAGGCUAGCAUUGCGGCAGAAGCGUGUUGCGGUUUUUUUUGUGGAUUUUGAAGAGACCUCCAGAGAACCUGCAGAGAGCACACGCGUCGCCCACGUCUGUCGCGGGUCGUCGACCAGAAGAAGGGUGACUCAGGGAAGCGGAUCUCGGGUGGCAACAGAAAAAGAGGAGGCGAGAGCGAAGGAGAUUUCCAGUUUGACAGCAUGGCAUCUGUGGUCCACAAAAUCUUCUUCCCGGGGUUCGCUCCCUACCUCCAGGCGAAGGCGCUCCAGCUACCCCUCUCGGACCGCGUGAAGAAAGUCAUUUCUCAUCCCGCGGGGCCUUUCACCAUUCACUUCUGGGCUCCUGCGCUCAAGUGGGGGAUCUGCCUCGCGAACCUCGCUGACAUGAAAACGAACAAAGUCGAAAACACUUCCGUUGCUCAGCAGUCAGCUGUCGCGUUGACGGGGAUCAUUUGGGCGCGCUACAGCACGGUCAUCACGCCGAAAAACUGGAGUCUCUUCUCCGUUAAUGUGUUCAUGGCCAUCACGGGGUCGCUUCAGCUGUACCGCGUGUUCAUGCACCACCUUGCGGAGAAGGAGAAAGCUUCGUCGGCAGCUCCGUCGUCGUGAACACGAAGGAAGUGUCACCAGCAUCAAGCGACGGCUUUCUGUGGUCUUGAAGUUGCUGGAGCAGUUUUCCGUUAGAAGUUGUGUUAGUGAACUUGGAUGUGACUCUUGAAGCGGCAGUUGCCGCAAGGGCGUCGACGAGAAAACGUAGAAACCGUGAUGGGGUUUUUUGCGUGCGUGCGACGCGUGCACCUGCGCUAAAAGAACGGGAAGGCCUUAGGGCAUCUUCCUGCGUGCCGUUGAAACACAAGUCCAGUGGUUUGCUCACACCUGUAAUUAGCGUGAAUGACAACAAGAGUUUGAGGGAGACGCGAGGAACCGAACGCAUGCAGAGACGAUUCGUUAGGUGCUGGUCCACAUCGGCGCCUUCGAAAUCGCCCCAGCCGAUGCUGGGAUGUGGUGCGUGGAGAACCGCGUAGAUCUGUCGAUGGAAACCCGUCGAUGCUCGUUUUUAUAUGUGCAUCUAAAUGAAUUCAUUCUUUCCGUGGUGAAGGAAUUUCACUACGUGCUACAAAACGCGGCCGAAAGAGAAAUGCAUCGAACGCCCAUGCGUCUCCGGUACAUUUGACACAGAAAUGAUGUUGCCCACCUCGCAGCUCAGUUUGACACACUGCUUCCGUCGGGUGUACAUCCACCGAAGGUGACCACGUCGGCGGAUCCAACGACAGCAUCUGGGACAUCUCGCGUUUGCUUUUCUCUUCGUCAUGCGUUUUCGGAGCAAGAGUGUGUCAGGGGCUUGUGUGCCCCCAGCAAAGAACAACCCGUUUUUUGAUAAGAGGCCGUUUGUUUCGCUGAAAGAAGCAGCUUUUGCACCGGUUCCG